UUACUCUUGCAAGGUUCUCAGAAAGGAAGAGAAUCAGUUGUGGUUCUCUCCAUGGAUUUGCAGGGCUUUCUGCUUCGUGCUCGAGUGCUGAAGCUUUAUAGACAAUCUCUACGGGCUGCUCGAAAGGCUCCUCAUGAUUCUAGAGCUGAAUUGAAACAGGUCAUUAGACAAGAGAUGGAGAGUAAUCGAGAUUGCAAGGAUAGACAAAAGAUUCGCUUCCUGAUUAGUGAAGGAACCGAGAGACUAAAAGGUCUGACUGAGAUGCUUGGUAUGCAGGGACAUUGCUAGUUCAAUGGAAGCUGCCUGCUGCCUUGGUAUCUUAAAACUCUGAUUUUGUAGAAUAGACUUCAUUCUCCACAAGUUAACCAAUUUCAUAAAUUUACUUCUUCCAUGAAUAUAAAAUUUUUAAUCAUAUUUUAUUGAGGUGGCAA